AUGGGGAAGGAAAAAGGUGUCUCUCGUCCUUUCACUCGUGCCCUUGCCUCUGCUUUACGCGCUUCAGAAGCCACUUCUACCACACAGAAUCAACAGAGAGCAAACACUAAAAGACCAGCCUCUGAGGAUAAGAACGUCGCUGCACCAAACAAGAAGAAGAGACGAGCAGCUCUGGGAGAUAUCUCAAAUGUUACCUUCAAUGCAGCUAAACCUGAGGCCAAAAACAACACCAAGCAGGUAAAGAAGGAACAAGGAUUGGGGAAAGGCACAAAUGACACAGCUGAUAACUGUAGUUUAAGGUUGCCUCCAAGACCUCUUGGGAGAUCAGCUUCUAUAGUUGAGAAAAGUGUUGUUAUUGGCACUUCAACUGCACCAGAUAUCCCAAAAUUCAUAGACAUUGAUUUAGAUGACAAGGAUCCUUUACUCUGCUGUCUCUAUGCCCCUGACAUCUACUACAAUUUGCGUGUUUCAGAGCUUAGGCGCAGACCGGUUGCAGACUUCAUGGAGAGAAUACAGAAGGAUGUCACUGAGUCCAUGCGAGGGAUUCUAGUUGAUUGGCUUGUGGAGGUAGCAGAGGAAUACACGCUCGUACCUGAAACUCUUUACCUCACAGUGCAUCUCAUAGACUGGUUCCUCCAUGGAAACUACAUGGACAGACAGAGACUUCAACUCCUCGGCAUCACUUGCAUGCUAAUUGCCUCGAAGUAUGAAGAAAUCUAUGCGCCACGCGUUGAAGAGUUCUGCUCCAUCACUGAUAACACCUACACAAGAGAUCAGGUCCUGGAAAUGGAGAAGCAAGUACUUGCGCAUUUUAGCUUUCAAGUAUACACUCCCACUCCAAAAUCAUUCCUAAGGAGAUUCCUCAGAGCAGCGCAAGGCUCUUACCUGGUAAUUCAUUUUGCUAUUUGCUUGCCUCACAAGAAAGAUAUGAAAAUUUAUAGGUACUUUGAUUGCUGCCUUCUGCAGAGCAUGCACCUUGAAUUGGAGUUUCUGGCCAGCUACUUAACAGAGUUGACGUUAAUAGACUAUCAUUUCUUGAAGUUUCUUCCUUCAGUCAUCGCUGCAUCAGCUGUUUUUCUUGCUAAGUGGACAUUGGACCAAUCAAACCACCCAUGGAAUCCAACACUUGAGCAUUACACAACGUACAAAGCGUCAGAACUGAAAGCAGCUGUCCAUGCAUUACAGGAUCUGCAACGUAACACCAAAGGUUGCCCGUUGAGUGCUAUACGCACUAAAUAUAAGCAAGAGAUAUUCAAAUCUGUGGCGGUUCUCACAUCUCCCAAAUUACUUGACACACUAUUCUGA